GUUAUGUGCUUUUUGGAGGUCAUUGGCACACAACCUUCACCUCAUCAGGCCGGUGGCUUCCGGUGUUGUGCCCCGAAUAACCAUGCCCCGCCUGUCAACGAAUACUGGCAACUACUUACCGCGGAAAGCCGGUAUGAAGAUUCACCCGCAUGGGUGCAUCACUUCGCACUCUUGACUUGACUGGAUCUGCAACCACCUGAAUGUUACGUGCAAGCAAAUGCAAAUCCGCCCCGCCCCACAUGGGCCGAAUCGGUAUGAGAUUAACACCAUACAACACAUCAGCUUGCACCAAACGGAAUGGUGGGGUAGCAGUCGAUGCCUGUUCCCCCGCAUCUCACUUCAUCCGACACGGCGUCGUUGGUGUUGUUUGGCUUGCCUGUGCCCACUUGGCGGCAGGUUUGUGCACACUUAGCCAGAGAGUGCCAGUACAAUUGCGUUUUUUACCAGUGCGUCAGCUGUGGCUACAACUACGUGUCUUACCGGUAAAUGUCUGUUGUCGACUUGGCCCGGCAGAAGAGAAAGAUUUGGGGGCACAACGGCGUAGUUUGAUGGAGCAACUGGCGUCAGUCUGUCGUGUUACAUUGACCGGUCAAUGCACAAAACAUUUGCUAAUGUUUACUGAAAUAAAAUGCGCAUCCUACUUCUAUGACACAGAAGAACCAUGAAUGUAAAACCCUUUAAUUUUAUCGCCGCUGUCUUCGUUCCGUUACUUCUCACGUCAUAUGCUUACGUUCGUGAACAGAAGCUCCUGAUCAAACCGGUCUACUUCCGCAGCACGCCGUCAAUCUUACAUGCCUCAGCUGGAUUCCGAACACACUCAGAUAAGGUAGUGAAUCCUUCGACUCGCAGCAGAUGGAACGCCGGUGGACACCAGGAUGUUGCAAAGUGGCGAAGUAGUGGAGUGUACCGAAUUCCACGGGACUUUGUCCUUAGUGCCAGAUUGCGUGCAUUCGAUCCCACAUUCGUCGAUGGUAUACGUACAAAACGGAACACCUGGGCUGUUUCUACGCCUCACGAACAAUCCAACCCUGAACCCACUUAUCCUCGCUACCCACUGCGUGAUGCGAAGGUUGAUACUUCACAACCCGAGAAUCCAACACAGUACGCUUACAAAUCUUUUGGCACGUCUGAGGGUCAUCCAACGCAGUUCGAUGGGGAAAACUGGGUAGACGACGAGAACGAUGACGAAUUCAGUGAUGACGGGUUAGAGGAAACGAUGCCAACUGACUCUGAUGCCAGGAUCAGACAGCAGUACAUACCGGGACAAAACCAUUCAGCGAUAUGGCGGCCAUUCGAAAUAGAUGGAUACAAACCGUACGAAGAAGAGGAGGCUACGGAGCCAGUGCAUGCAGUACGCAGAUCACCUAGUCCAUGGCCGAAGCGGGACACCACACAACUUGGUACACCAAGGCAACUUGCGUGCACGUUACCUCUGGAUAGGGGAAUCGGGCCUGAUGACAUAUCCUCGUGGCAUUACAGCCCAGAUGAACGCAGGUGUCGUUGGUUUGGAUACCGGGGACACGGUGGUAAUGCAAACCGGUUUUACAGUCGGGCAGCAUGCGAGGCAUACUGUAUCCGCGACUUGGAGAACAUGUGUGAGGCAGUGACGUGUUCCUGGCCAGGCACAACCUGCAAUUUGAUGGAAGACCGACCUUGCAAAGACACAGAACGGAAUCAUGGCAGGGAGUGGCGUCUAAAGUGUCCUCCAGAUCACCCGGUGUGUCUGAGCCGCCGAAAUACGCGUAUGUCACCAGAUAUUACCUUCGGGUUGAUCCCACCGGAGUGUUUUCAGCCCAAGGACAGCGGCACGUGUGAACGCAAAAACCCAUCCGUGAGUUACUACUACGAUGGUGGAAGAAACGCGUGUAUGACCUUCUACUUCCACAACUGCGGAGGAAACGACAAUCGGUUCAACACCAAAUCGGAUUGCAUGACCCAUUGUUCCCCUUGAUUUUUUAUCCAUUGUAACUCAAGUGUAUUACACGUGUCGUAACAUUCUUCUUUUUGCCAAUUUGCGAGCAGAAAUAACUAAGUAUAAAGGAACAGUUGAACCAAUCAA